CCGAGCCCGGGAGUCGAGUGGGAGUCGGCCGGCCGGCGCGGGCAGCGCCGGGACCCCACGGGGGACACUGCAGCCGGAGCCCGGGAGGGGCCGCGCCGCCACCGUCUGAACUAGGAUGUCCCGACAUGAAGGUGUCAGCUGUGAUGCAUGUUUAAAAGGAAAUUUUCGAGGUCGCAGAUACAAGUGUUUAAUUUGCUACGAUUACGAUCUUUGUGCAUCUUGUUAUGAAAGUGGUGCAACAACAACAAGGCAUACAACUGACCACCCAAUGCAGUGCACAUUAACAAGGGUAGAUUUUGAUUUGUACUAUGGUGGGGAAGCUUUCUCCGUAGAGCAGCCACAGUCUUUUACUUGUCCCUAUUGUGGAAAAAUGGGCUAUACGGAGACAUCUCUUCAAGAACAUGUUACUUCUGAACACGCAGAAACAUCAACAGACGUGAUUUGUCCAAUAUGUGCAGCGUUACCUGGAGGCGAUCCUCAUCAUGUCACGGAUGACUUUGCAGCUCACCUUACACUUGAACACAGAGCCCCUAGAGAUUUAGAUGAGUCGAGCGGUGUCCGACAUGUACGUAGAAUGUUUCACCCUGGCCGGGGGUUAGGAGGUCCUCGUGCGCGCAGAUCAAACAUGCACUUUACUAGCAGUUCUACUGGUGGACUUUCUUCUUCUCAGAGUUCAUAUUCUCCAAGCAAUAGGGAAGCCAUGGAUCCUAUAGCUGAGCUUUUAUCUCAGUUAUCGGGAGUGAGACGUUCUGCAGGAGGACAGCUGAACUCCUCUGGCCCUUCCGCUUCUCAGUUACAACAAUUGCAGAUGCAGCUGCAGCUCGAACGGCAGCAUGCCCGGGCGGCACGGCAGCAACUGGAGACCGCACGCAAUGCAACCCGGCGCACUAACACAAGCAGCGUCACCACUACAAUCACGCAAUCCACAGCCACGACCAACACAGCGAACACAGAAAGCAGUCAGCAAACGAUCCAGAACUCCCAGCUUCUUUUAACAAGGUUGAAUGAUCCUAAAAUGUCUGAAACAGAGCGCCAGUCCAUGGAAAGUGAGCGCGCAGACCGCAGCCUCUUUGUCCAAGAGCUCCUUCUGUCCACUUUAGUGCGCGAAGAGAGCUCGUCCUCAGACGAGGAUGAACGGGGGGAAAUGGCAGAUUUUGGUGCUAUGGGCUGUGUAGAUAUUAUGCCUUUAGAUGUUGCUUUAGAAAACCUAAAUUUAAAAGAGAGUAAUAAAGGAAAUGAGCCUCCACCACCUCCUCUUUGAUGACAUCCCAAUUCGCAGACAAUGUCCUCUGUGCUGUAUUUGCCAAUGAAAGUGGACAACAACUAUCUUGGGUUUGUUUGGUGACUGUAAUUUCAGGUCUGUCACUCUUGUUACAUUGUGUACAUUCAAAAAGGAAGAGAGAAAAAUAUAUAUGAUAAUCAUUUCCACUUAACUAAUUUUUACUUCUAGCAGGUAAAUGUAGGUAGCAGUGCAGGGGUGAUCUCUGCUUCCUGCACCCUGACAUGCAGAAGGCUCUCGUAAUACUCCACAUUCAAACUGAAGAGGAAAAUGGAAAUCUCUAAUGAAGCUGCUGUGUGUAUUUAUGAAUAUUAAUGAAUAAAAACUGCUUGGAUGGUU